CCCUUUCUCCUCCAGCUCCCGCGGAGGUGCCAGGUUGCAAAUGUAUUCUUGUCUGGCCCCGGGGGCUUGACAGUUAAUGAUUUGCCGCAGAAGGAGCCCGCAGGAGAAGCCGGAGAGAGGACCCAGCAAGCGGCGCGGGAGCGCGGGCGCAGGGCCCGAGCCGAGUCCCCGGCGGCCCGCAGGCGCCGCCUCCCGUCUUCCGGGCCCCGGCACUUCGGGGGGUUCCGGGCUCCGGAGACCGCACGCGCCCCGAUGGAGGUAGUUUCGCCGCCCGCGGGAAGCGGCACCCCGCCGCCGCCGCCGCCGCCGCCGCCGCAGGCACAGGGAGCGAGGGGCGCAGUCACCGGCCUGCUGCGCAGGAUAAAAGGCAAAGUCUUCACCUGGAAUAUUUUGAAAACAAUUGCCCUGGGUCAGAUGUUGUCCUUGUGUAUAUGUGGAACAGCCAUUACGAGCCAGUAUUUGGCAGAGAAAUAUAAAGUGAACGCCCCCAUGCUUCAGAGCUUCAUCAACUAUUGCUUGCUGUUAUUAACUUAUACCGUGAUGCUGGCAUUUCAAUCAGGCAAUGAUAACCUUUUAUACAUCUUGAAGAGAAAAUGGUGGAAGUACAUCCUGCUGGGACUAGCAGAUGUGGAAGCUAAUUACUUGAUCGUCAGAGCAUACCAGUACACGACCCUGACCAGUGUCCAGCUUUUGGAUUGCUUUGGGAUUCCUGUGCUGAUGGCUCUUUCGUGGUUUGUUCUUUAUGCAAGAUACAGAGUGAUCCAUUUCAUUGCCGUGGCUGUCUGCCUGCUGGGUGUAGGAACUAUGGUUGGUGCAGACAUACUAGCAGGGAGGGAAGACAGUUCAGGCGGUGACGUGCUGAUCGGGGACACCCUGGUCCUCCUCGGGGCUUCCCUCUACGCCAUCUCUAACGUGUGUGAAGAAUACGUUGUGAAGAAGCUGAGCAGACAGGAGUUUUUAGGAAUGGUGGGCUUGUUUGGAACAAUUAUCAGUGGCAUCCAGCUAUUGCUUGUGGAAUAUAAGGACAUCGCCAGCAUUCAUUGGGACUGGAAAAUCGCCCUGCUGUUUGUGGCAUUUGCUCUCUGCAUGUUCUGCCUGUACAGCUUCAUGCCGCUGGUGAUUAAAGUUACCAGCGCCACGUCGGUCAACCUGGGCAUCCUGACAGCUGACCUCUACAGCCUUUUCUUUGGACUCUUUCUCUUUGGCUAUAAGUUCUCUGGGCUCUACAUCCUGUCCUUCACCAUCAUCAUGGUGGGGUUCACCCUGUUCUGCUCCACCCCCACGCGCACGGCAGAGCCGGCCGAAAGCAGCGUGCCCCCGGUCACCAGCAUUGGAAUCGACAACCUGGGACUGAAGCUUGAGGAGAACCCUCAGGAGACCCACUCUGCGGUCGUGUAGCUGGAGGAGAAGGCGAGCGCCUACACCUGAGCCUUCCUGGGAAGCUGAGCGCUGCCACAGGAUAAAGGGGACACUUGGAAAAUGAUGACUGAAAUACUUCAUAGCAUUGGAUUGGAUCCAGUGGUUAGAUUUUACAGGGGAAAACAGAAUAAUGCAUUAAAAGUAGAAAUGCCAAGAUUAAGCAGAAGCCAAGGCUAGGAUUGCGUUUUCGUGUGUUGGAGGACCAGUGGUUGCCGGUGUCAGGAGACAAGGUGUGGGUCCCCCCCUGGAGUUCUGAGGCACAGGUGGGCAAGCAGGGUGGGGCGGGUGCCCACAUGAGCCAGCCACAGGACACGGCUGAAAGCAGGCCAUCCGGGCUGGGCUGGGCGGUCAGGAGUGGGGGCAGUCCAGGGUGGUUUUGGAGUAGGUUUCCAAAGCUUUAGUUACAGAAGCUUCAGUUAGAAGCUUCUGGGUUUUGUCCCUCUGAGGACGCAAGCCAUUGUCCACAAGCCACAGCUGAGGUCUGGUGACUGGUUGGGUCUGGCAGGGAGGUGGGUGGGGCAGCACUGAGGAAUCCUGAAGGACCAGGGUGGGUGUGUGGAAACACUGAAGUGGAGUGCGGUGAACCCAGGAGCCCAGUCCGCCUCGUUAGAGGAGGAUACGGCACUACUUCCUACCAAAUAUUUAUGCACCAUGAGAUUUUUACUUCUUCAAUAAAGAUGUUCAUCAUUAUUAUAUCAAUGAUCAGUAUACCACUACAAAAACUCUGUAUGCAAACUUCUUUUUGAUAAAAAUAUAACAAAGAAAUUGAUGGUAAGUGUUCAUUUUAUUAAAAGAUUUUGAUUUCAUGGAAAUACAUCCACUGUGUGGUUUCUUUGAUUAACCAGGUACCCUUGUUGAUUUUACACAACAGUAUAUUCAACAUUUCUUCAUAUCUAGCUUUUCAGAACUAUGUCUUUGGUAAGGUGAAAUUAGCCUAUCUUUUUGGGGCUACAUUAUGAUAAAAGGAAUUUCAGAUUCAGAUCACAGAUUAUUUGCCAGAAUAAACAUUUUUAAAUUCUUUUUUCUUUUUUGAAGAAAAUAACCUCUCAUUCUGUGAAGUGAGUUAAAACGGAUGUUUGGUUUUCUACUUCCUACCAAUAAAAACUGUCAAUCAGUGAAAAAAUUUGUGUUAACAUGUUUG